UUGAAGAUAGGAUAUCUUAUCUUAUCUUAUCUCUUGGCAGUGUAUUGUCAAAUCAUAUUUUAAAAUUUAAAGAUAAGAAUCUUGACGAAUUGAUUUGGACCGUGGAUUACUUUGACUAUGAUCUCAACCGUUGCAUUUGAAGAUAUGAUAUCUUAUCUCUUGGCAGUGUGUUGUCAAAUCAGAUUUUAAAAUUUAAAGAUAAGAAUCUUGACGAAUUGAUUUGGACCGUGGAUUACUUUGACUAUGAUCUCAACCGUUGAUUUCGAAGAUAUGAUAUCUUAUCUUAUCUUAUCUCUUGGCAGUGUGUUGUCAAAUCAGAUCUUUAUCCAAUUUUUACAUCCCUAUAUAAGUGCAUAUUACUCUUUGAAGAAGACCACACACCUUCAACAUAUUUCUGAAACACUUAUAUUUUGCUCCAAAAUGACUUCAAUUCGUACUGUGUCAUACUCGAUUGAGGAAGAUAUGAAUUUAUGCCAUGUGUAUCUUGACGUGUCUCAAGAUCCUGUCAUAGGCAGAUACCAAUCAAAAGAGAAGUUUUGGUCAAGAGUUGAAGCGGAGUAUCACUCGUCUGAAAAGUUUCUUCUUCGACCUAGACCUGUAAGAUCUUUGCAAACUCGAAUGACGACCAUUCUUACCGCGGUUGGAAAAUUAAGGGGAUGCGUUAACCAAAUUCAAAAUAAAAAUCCCAGUGGUGCUUCACAAGAAGAUAUUUUAAAUCAAGCGAAGAUGUUAUUAGCACAAGAUCCAAAAUAUAACAGAGGAUUCAAAUUUGAUCAUGUGUGGCCGAUCCUUAAAGAUAUUGAGAAAUUUACAAAUGACAACAUUAGUGCACGAAUUAGAAUCCAAGAAGAAGAUCGUAAUUUUACUUCGCCCCAAUCAUAUUCUCAUGGUGUCCAGUCAUCGGCACCAGCAUCCACUGGUAUGAAUUCAUUUGAUCUUAAUGUGAAUGACGAUGAAAUUACUACUAAUUUAAGUAAACGACCUAUCGGUGUGAAAAAGGCAAAAGAAAAACAAAAAAGUGAUGACCAAUUUAAAAAAUUAAUGGAGCAAAAUCAAAAGCUUGUCGAAGUUAUAGAAAAGGGUAACUCAGAAAGGAAUGAAAUUCGACGACAGAAGGUUGAAUUGGCUAAAAUGAAAGAAGAGAAUAAAAUACUAUUUACGGAUUUGAAUUCUAUAUCCGAUCCAGAAUUUCGCCAGUUUAUUCAAAAUGAAAAGAGACAAAUUUACAAAAGAAGAGCACAAACAUCUAAAUAUGGUGAACAAAGAGAAGGUUCUCAAUAUCAAGGAUCCCAAUAUCGAGCAUCUCAAAAUGAAGGAUCUCGAUUUAAUGAAGCUCACGGAGAAGGAGCUACAGAUGAAGGCCAAGGAUCUGAGACGAACCUCCCAGGAAAUUUUAGUCAAUACUUUGAUUAUCUUGACGGAAUGAAAAAUGAUUUCCCAAAUUAUUAAAUUAUUAUCGUAGUUUCUUUUUUUUUAAGAUCUAUGUCAUUGCUUCCGAUUUAUGUUUGGUGUAUUUCAUUUUACCUUUAUAAUGUAUGUUUUUUUAAUGAAUGUAUGUU